AUGGCGGUUUCAUAUGCGUCUUGCAGGAAAUAUGCUGUUGUGUUUGUUGUUCUUGGUGUUGUACUUCGUGGGACAUUAGCUGAAAUAUGUAGCGAUGCCACCAACGUUUGCCAUAACUAUGAUAGCGUAUCCAACGACAAACUACAGUCGCAGGUUCAAAAGGAGUUACAGGCCAGCUACAUGUACCAGUCAUACUCAUACUUUUUCGGUCGAAGCGACAUCGCUCUGCCAGGAAUCUCCAAGUUCUUUGCCAGAGAAUCGCUAGAAGAACGAUCCCAUGCUGACAACCUCAUAGAAUACAUCAACAAACGUGGAGGUAGAAUUGCUUUUAAAGACAUUAAG